CGAAGCCUACUCCUUCCUUACAUCUAAACUCUCACUGCGCUGCAUUGAGAAGUCUGAAAACGAAAACGCCAUUUCGGUCAUCAUCUUGAGCAGAACUCUUUGUUUACAUGUCGGGUGUUGAGCUGGCUAGCCUUGUCUUCGCGUCGCUGGGAAUUAUCAGCAAGUUUUUAACGAGUACUCUGUCAAAUGAACCCUCUAGGCUUUACGACACCACUCGUACAUGGCAACCUCUUCUCAGCCCGAAGGACAAUUUUAUCGAAGUUUUUGAUAUUCCUUUCUCCCCCGGAAAGUCUGCAAAAUUGCAUCUAAAAGCUAUCAACGUCAGAAAUCUGGAUGAUGUCUUGAAAGCUGUGCCAGUGCAAGAAGAGGGCUUUGUACGCGUGUGCUUUGCCGAAAACCUCAAUGUUCUAAACAGCUCAGCCGUUGCAGUGCCUGCAUUUGCUGGUUGUUCCCCCAUGAUAUCACAAUGGAACUCAUCAUCGAAACCGACCCGGUGGGAAACGUAUUCGUAUAAGCUAUCACCUCCGCAGCCAAUGUAUAGAGUGGCCGAGAAAAGCUUUUAUGUCGAUUCUCUCUCGAUGGCCGCAGGCACCAUUCGACGAACGUUGAGAUGUAUGAUUGAUUCAACAGACAAUAACCGAAUGAUCCUCUAUAUCGACGCCACAUCAAUGAUCCAGAGAUUGGACAUCCUUUUCGAUGAGAUACACUUGAGAGAACAUGUGGUACCAAAGCUUUCCUCCGAGGCUGCUUAUGCCUACCAUGAUCAAUUCUGCAGUGAUCUACAAAGUCCAAUCCAGAUUUAUCCAACUCUAGGUGUGCAGAUCGCUUCUGCGUCAGGUCUGAAGCAACUGAUACUGCUUCGAUAUUGUCACGCGCUGAUAGAGGACUACUCAAACUUGAUCUACCCUCUACGAGCCGAUUAUGCGAAGCGGAAGGAGGGUCUGUCAGACACCCGCAGAACCACGCUGACGAUGUCUAUGCUGAAAGAGAUCAUAAGAGAUGCAUUCUUCUACGAAGAGGUGACCGAGCGCGCCGCCGAGUUGGCCAGAUCGGUCAAUACAUUGGUUGAAUGUCUAAAACCACUUCUUGGAGGUGCGAUGAACUUUCCCGGUUUCCAGUGUCUUGCUGUUGAGCUUCAGUCGACUUGUACGGACAUGGAAAAGAUAGCGGUUACGAUGUCAGCCACGCUAGAUAACCACCUGAGGCUGUUCGAACUUUCCCGAGGCAUGCAUGAAGCCCAGAGUGUUCGUCUACUGAGCAUUUUGGCGAGCAUAUUUCUGCCUCUAUCUCUUGCUUGUGGAUUGCUAAGCAUGCAGACCCGAUUCAUUGAUCUCCAUGUUCUGCUGUACGAUUUCUUUGGCGUUCUUGUACUACUCGGAACGAUUGUGAUAGCGAUUCUCAUUGUCUUGAGGUUGCAUCAAUGGUGGAAAGUGCUACUGUCACAGUUGGAUCGAGACCAAAUGUUUAGAAGAUAUGUCAGACCUAAAGGGCAUAUUGUGUUUCUUUGCUUUCUCUUUCUUGGUUGGGCACUCUUGCUCUCUUCGUUUCUUGUUGGUAUGAUCAAGGAUGUUGAUCUGGGACUCAAGAUCCUCGGUUAUGGUGUGUCCGCAGCGGCAGGCAUUUGCUUUGUUGCUCUGAUCGGCAUCGCUGGCAUUGCAAUAUCUGUCUGGUUGAUUGUGUAAUUCAAAUUGUCUUCGUCAAGGAUCUUAACGUGGCAACAUUGGUCUGUAUACUGGUGAUAUCGAAUCAUGGCGAAAUAACCGGGCCAGAAUUUGACAAUACUGCAUGGAGUACGUCGAUUUGAUAGACAAAGCAUCGAUAAUUGCUAUGUGAACCCCUACUCGCGAUCAGGACUUAGCUAUCACCGAGUAAAAUCUUUCCGGAUAAAAAC